AUGGAUUUCCUCGGCGAGAGUUUACGCCCACUUUACGUAUGCAUCGUCUAUACAGUCUUCGUUUUCGGCGUCGCUGAAGUCUCCAGACGAAUUCUGGAUUUGUUGCUGAAAAACGAGGAGACGAUCAUGUUCAAGCUCAAAUGCAACGAGUUCAUCAGCACGAUUUCGAUGUGUGCGUGUCAUUUCUCCGAAGCGGUUCUCUUCAAAAACUACGGCUACAUUGCAAUGUUCAUCGCCAUCAUAAUCGACAUGACAGUCUGCCGACACCUGAAUCGUGGAGCCGCCGAGAAUCCGAUGCUUCUUUUGGAAGAGGCACUCUACAAAACGAUGCGCGAAACUGAUUUCACAUCUGUCGUCCUCACACAGUAUAUGGGCGCCGCUUGUGCUAUGGCUUAUGGUGUUUUUAUGUGGCGAUUCGCUUUCUAUAGCACUGGAACUGUUAUCGAGACGGCGGGAUGUUUAUACCUCUAUAAGCUGCCGCCUCCGCUCGUCGCUCUCUGUGAGUUCUUCAGCUGCUUCUUCCUUCGAUUGAUUCUGGGACUUUUCGCUGCUCCACAACGUCAAAAGUAUAUUCCAGUCGUAUUUGCGGUCUUCUUUGUCGCUGGUCAAUACAUUAUCGGAGUGCCUGGAGCCCACCCAAUGUUCGGCGCCUCUCGUUUCACAAGUUGUGCAUUUGUCCAACCUGACUCUUUCACGAUUUACUGUGUGAACUAUCUGUUCGCCACGUACGCUGGUUGGAUGGCCGCCUCGCUGCUUUGCACAACGCCGUUGAGAUCAAUGUGGAGACUGAAGCUCGAGCGUGAGACUGCUGAAAAGGAGGAAGCCGAACGACUCGCCGCUGCAGCUAGUAGAAACCGUGGCAGAAGAAAUAAUAGGAGAAAUUAUUAA